CUUUAUUUUGAAAUGACGGCCCGGACGUACUCGUGCUGACUUUUCGGUGUCUUGACGUGUCCAGGUGCGCUCACCAUCAUGGGGCAGGUUUACUCGGAGCCGUCCUGUCAGGCGGCGUACGACUCAGACAUCCAUCAGCUGUAUCACCUGCUGACAGUCGACCCGUCUCACCUGAACGUCCAGGACCAGGACAGUGGGGACACGCCCCUCAUCGCCGCCUGUCGCCACGGCAACCUGGCUACCGUCAAAUACCUGCUGGACAACAAGGCCGACAUCCACCUGACCAAUAAGAAACAGAGGACCUGUCUCCACUAUGCGUCCAGGAGGACCUUGUCUCUUCUCGACUACCUGAUGAUCUCCAUCCUGAUGCCCGUCCUGCUGCUCGGCUACUUCAUCAUGCUGCAGCGGCAGAGACGGAACGCCGCCAUGAUGGAGGAGCUUCUGGAGAGCACAGCAGACAUCAACGCCGUGGACUACAAAGGAAACUCAGCUCUGCACUACGUCUGUCAGAGGAAGAGUCUCCGUCUGGUUCCUCUGCUGCUCCAACGGAACGCCGACACCAACAUCAGGAACAACGACGGAGAAACUCCUCUGGACAUCGCCGUCCGACUGAAGUUCAAGAAGAUCGAACUCAUGUUGAAGAAGAGCCGCUGACAGAGAGCUGAGGUCCUAAUGGAAUAAUUAGAUUCUGGUCUUUGGGCAACAGAAAGAAACAAAAACACCACCAGGAGACUUUAUUCUAAGUUACGUUAUUGGCUUCUCACUGCUUCCAAACUCUAUGCUAAGUUAGGCUAACAGUUUCCCUCUUCUUUCAGACAUUGUGCCAAGCUAGGCUAACGGUACCUCCUUCUUCCAGACUUUGAGCUAAGCUAUGCUAACAAUUUUCCUCUCCUUUCAGACAUUGUGCUAAGCUAUGCUAAUUGUAUCUGGGUCAUUCCAUAUCACAUAGACUAAAGACAGUUGCACCACCAUCUCAGAUUGUCUUCAUUUUUUGUUAUUCUGCAGAAGGGUAAAAAUGAUUGAAAACCCCAAAGUUACAGCCUCACAGGCCCACUGGUUUUCAUUUUACAGCCUGUUGAAGGAGGGGGGUCCUUAAUUUUUAAACUCCGUCUGUCAUUGUUUGAUGAUUUCAAACCCUAAUAACUCAGGAAGUACUCAAUAUAUCUUCUUCAAAUUUUCAAGUUCUUUUAAACGUAUAUAGAUGCAUAAAAUAAAGUGGUCAGACAAGUGUUAUGAUGAAAAUCUGUUGAGACACAACCAUUUAAAAAGUGCAUAAUAUUACAAUAAGCUCCAAAAUGAAAUGCAUUUAUUAGGUACUUAGCAUUGUCCCAGUGCCUGAUGCAGUUGGUUUAGGGAGGCGUUAAGGUUUCCUGAUGCAAGCAUUUUGAAGAGAGUUAAGGACUUGUGGAGAGCAAAGUAAAAAAAAUGUUGUCUGAAUAACUUCCAUGUCUCUAAUGUUUAAUUUAGUGACAUUUGAUCGUCUAGUUUGUUUAGGUUGUAAUUUGUAAGAAACCACCAACUAGUCAAAAACGUCUACCCCUGUACACUUUGUGCCUCAUUUUCAAGAUGAUGACAAGCAGAACCAAAGUUCUUUUGUAAUUUUUUUUAAAGUUAAGAUAAAGAUUGAAAAUUUUGCUAAGUAUGAAACUUGUACAACCUUGUCCACAUUCUGAAAUUUUAGUUCAAAAAUAGUCAUUUUUUGCUAAUGACCAAUGUUUGAGACAUUAUUGCAAGGUUGUGAAUAACAUUUUCAGUACUGGUCAUGCUUUGAUACUUAUUUAUGUUGGAUCCUACCAAACUGAACCAUUAUAUGAAAAGCUCGUCUUAAGAAUUUUUUCACAUAUUGAGAGGUCUGGUAUACAAAAUAUAUGAGACAUAUACCUUGCUUGAAGCUCAAAUUAUUAUGUACUAUAUACAUAUUUUUAGUCCUGAAAAUCUUAAGCAGAUAUGUUGAGAGGUUCCUGAGAUAUAAAGUUGUGAAAACUGAAAAAAAUUACAGACAGAAACUUAAAAACAUGACCCUUGUAUACUGACAGUCAAUAGAAACUUUGAGGUAUAAAUGUAGGCAGAAUUCUACUUGUAGGGGGGUUGUAAUGAUUCAUUGUGGAUUUACUGAUGAUCUAGUGCCCUGGUAGUGGAGAUAAUGAUGAGUUGUCAUUUUGUCAUGAUUCAUUGCACAUGGGUUGGUCACUUUGCAAAAGUGAACCAAAUACACACCAAACAACACUCAGUGAGUAUCUGCACAAUGUGAGAAUGGGUUCUGAAGGCCUAUAUAAAGGCCCAAAAAAGGCCACCAUUGUUAGUCCAGUGAACAGCAUCAUGCCGCGUCUAUCACAUGAACAACGUCUCCGGGCACUGGGUAUGGUGGAGGCCGCUUUGAGCUACAGUGAUGUAUCCAGGCGUAUGGGCUGUUCCCAACCCACAAUCAGAAGCCUGGUCCAAAGCAUGCGCCGACGGAUUGCUGCCUGCAUCCAAGCAAAUGGAGGCCAUACUCGGUAUUGACUGUUGUGACUUUGUGUUUGGCAGGUGCCGUUUUCUUUUGUGAAAUUCUUUAUUUUGAAAUCAUUCUUCAAACUUUAGAUUUUUGUUUCUGUAUGCCAAUAUGCUAAACAAAUGAUUCAUACGAAGAAAAUCCAGUUUGGGGCUUCAAAAUAAAAAUUAUGUUGAAAAAUAUGGUCUCAAAGUUUUUAAUGACUGUCAGUGUAGAACCAUGAGGAUUGGGUUUAGGACCUCAAAAUUUUGGCUUUCCCAAUGAAAUGUACCAAAGAAUGGUAAAAAAAAAAUGAAGCAAUUUUGAGGUGCUGGGUGCAACCACUUCUCUGGAUUUUUGUCUAUUUGGUAUGGAAUGACCCAUCUUGUUCCAGACUUUGAGCUACGCUAUGCUAACAGUUUCCCUCUUCUUAAAGACAUUGUGCCAAGCUCGGCUAAUUGUAUCUUGUUCCAGACUUUGAGCUAAGCAAAGCUAACAGUUUCCCUCUUCUUUCAGACAUUGUGCUAAGCUAGGCUAAUGGUAUCAUUUUCUUGCAGACUUUGAGCUAAGCUAGCCUAGCAGUUUUCCUCUCCUUUCAGACAUUGUGCUAAGCGAUGCUAACACUUUACCUCUUCUUUCAGACGUUGUGCUAAGCAAGGCUAACAGUUUCCCACUGCUUCCAGUCUUUCUGCCAAGCUAGGCUAACAGUAUAUUCUUCCAGACUUUGAGCUAAGAUAUGCUAAGUUUCCCUCUUCUUUCAGACAUUGUGCUAAGCUAGGCUAAUGGUAUCUUGUUUCAGACUUUAAGCUAAGCUAUGCUAACAGUUUUCCUUUUUUUCCAGACGUACUAAGCUAGGCUAACAGUUUCCCACUGCCUCCAGUCUUUGUAUGCUAACUGUUGCAGCUUCCAUAACAUCCUCUAGCUAUGAAUAUUAUGUCUGAUACUGCUAGCUGUUCAGCUGCACUUCCUAGUGAUUUCUGAAUGCUACACUAAGCUAACCAGCUGACUCCAGUCUGUUACAGACGAGAAAAUGUCUAUAAAAUGAACAAAAACAUUUAUUUGUAUUAAAAUACUUGUAGAUAUUGAACUGAAUCUGAUUAUUAUACAUUUCAGAUUAAAUUUUGUGUUUCACGAUCAAAUUGUGUUAAUAAAAUUUAACUUGUU